GAGUCUUGCCAGUCACAUGGUUCCGGAUCAGCUGAUGGAUUCGAGGGUUGCCGGAGAGGCUGCGGUCGGCAAAAUGGAAGGGACGCUGGAGACGCAUUUGGAAGAUACUAUGAAGAAUCCUUCCAUUGCGGGAGUCCUCUGCACCGAUUCUCAGGGGCUAAAUUUGGGCUGUCGUGGCACCCUCUCAGAUGAGCAUGCAGGUGUAAUAUCUGUUUUGGCCCAGCAAGCAGCAAAAUUAACUUCUGAUCCAACAGAUAUUCCUGUUGUAUGUCUUGAAUCAGACUCUGGCAAUAUCAUGAUCCAGAAGCAUGAUGGCAUCAUAGUGGCAGUACAUAAAAUGGCAUCUUAAUCUUGCACAUUCACAGUAUUCAUUGCUCUUCAAGAAAUCACUUUUGUGGAACUGUCUUCUGCCAAUUAAUACAAAUGGGAUGUCCAAACUCAUGAAGCCAGAACCCAAUUGAAUCUGUCAACAUCCUCACUUCCCUACCUUGGUACAGGGUGUAUCUACAGAACUUCCAUCGUUUCAUCUUUUGAGUAAUGAAGCACUUUUUAUGUAUUGCUGGAGAGACAGCAACUUAACAGAUGUCCCCAAUGUUAGAGGAAUGCAAACAAAUGUUGAGGACAAGUAAUGCAUUCUAUCUUGACUAAAAAUUGUGCAUCUACUUUGAUGUAGCAGAAGAAUCUGUUAAGAAAAUCUUGUCUUCUUCCUUGGCCCAUUGAAACAAAAAGUCUAUUUCAUAUCAAGCUUGGCUCUUGGUGAUUUACAUGCCCAUUUUUAUGUAGCUUUGUUGCUAUCAAAUGCAAGAGGUUAGCCAUUGCCACCUUCUCUGAGAUACUUUUCAAUUUUUCAUCCUAGUCUAUAAGUUGGAUUUCCUAUCUCAUUCCAAAUACUGAUCACCACAAUUCACCACAACUUUCUAGAUCACUCAAGGAUGCUCAAAUAUUGCCACCUUGCAAAAAAAAAAUUGCCUCCUUGCAUAUUGAUAGAUUUUUAAAGGAAUUCGAUAAUAACAGCAAUGUGGUUUUUGCACUGCUCUUUUCUGAAGAGUAACCUAGAAAACAAAUGAGAACAACUUCUCUAACCAGUUAUUAACGAAUGUCAUGAUCUUAUUGUGGUUGAUGAGGCUAUCACAUUCUUUUAUGUGCUGGCUACUCAAAACAUACCAACAGGAUCAGUACUAAGCAUGGAUGUUUCUUGCCCUAAAUUUUAAAGUGUAAAUUUGCAUGCUUAUACUUAAAAAACAGUUCAUCAGAGUUAAGCCCUAGGGACAUAAUUCAAUUAAGGUUACUGCUAAGUAAAAUACUUAACAGCAAGAGAUUGAAAGAAAUCUGGUGCCCUUCGUUUUCUGCCAAAAAACUAAUUAUUUGGCAUUGUGAGAGUCUACUUAGCCAAAGGGAAUAUUUUAAAAAAAAUGGAAAUGGAGAUAGAAACUGGUGGCAAAGGAUUAUACAAUCAGAAACAGUAAAUACCAUGUUUCCACAACAUGCUAUUUAGAGUACUGAACUGUGAUUGACUGAAAUCUAUUUUAUUGGCUAGAUUGGCUAGAUCCUGAGCCACAAACUAGCCAACACAUCUUCAUAUAUUCAACAAAUCAGCUACCUGGUAAAUACACAUCACUGGGAUGGAUAAGAUUUGCACAGAAGAAAGGCUGGAAGUCUUAACAGAUUUACUGUUAAAGCUGCAGAAUAAAGGUUUUGCUUUCUUUAUACUCGGCAGUUCCUAAAGAAAGAAAUAUGCUACCUAGGUGGAUGACCUACAGCUCAAGGUUGAAUUUUGGAGUCCUUGUUUUUGAGUUUGGUUAUUUGCUUGCAGAUAUAUCAAUACCCUAUCCAAUACUAGGUAACAGCAUCAGAGCACCAGUGGCUCCACAGACAUCCAGAAGAGUCUGCAUUCUCUUGAAUAUGGGCAGAGCGCUGUAGAAUCCAAUAUAAACAACGUUCCUUUAGACACCUUCCCCAACUAUACAUUUGGGGGUGGAGACAAUUUCCCUUCAGUCUUCCUUCCUUCCUCCAUGUAUACAGGAGAAAGCUUACAGGGUUUUGCAUUAGAUUCUGAAAUAUUUUUAUUGUUCCCUUUUUUUCAACUCUUAAAUUGUAAUAGUAAAAUAAAAGUAAAACCAUCCAAAAUUGUGGGCAAAACAGGAAAGAUUUUUUUUUUUUAGUAUGAGACUGAUAGUUUCAAUGUUGACACAGUUGACAAUAUGGAUGACUACAGAUUUCCCCAGCUCUAUUGAAUGCUAGUCAGGGAUAUGAUUGGGACACUAGACAUUCUUCCAUAGAGAAAGAAAACAUCUGGAUGAGUAUUGUGUCCUUUGGACAUUUAGCUGAAUCUGCCUCUUCCUUGCUGCAAAGCACACAUAGGCAUUGUAGUUAAAGGGUAGUUCAUUAGCUUGCAAUUAAGUUUCUGUAAAAAGGAAAAAAAUAACACAAAACUAUGUCUACAAUCACUAACCACAGCAGUAAGCCACUGUUUACAACAGGGGUGUCAAACUCACCUUGUCACGGUGUCGUGAUGUAUCAGACUACCCCCCCCCCCUUUCGCUAAACAGCCAUCGGUGUAGCCAGUGCAUGAUGCAUCCAGUCUCCGGGCUGGGAGUUUAACAGCCUUAAUUUACAACAUAGUACUACUGUCUUGAUGUGUGCAUUCACACUAAGAAAAAAAUAUCUAACCAAAUCUUGGCUCUGCUGCAAUAUGACAUCUGCACUAUAGAAGAACAUCCUGAAUCCAAAUCACUGAGGAUUUUUAUGUAAUGAAGGAAAGUUAAAUUACUAAGUAUGUACUAGUGGUUUUGUAUCAAGCCAUUUCUAAAACUAUUUUUUGUCAGCAAGAAAAGUAAAAAUUGACAACUUCUCUAGACAUGUAAUUCCCUUAGCUGAGGAAUCCUGGGAGUUGAAAUUACCAAAUUUGAAAAACACUGGGUUAGUCUUAAUUGACUUUUGGGCUGCGGCUGAUAAUUACCAUCUCUCAGGAUACACUGUAGCUUGUGGAAAUGGUUUUUGAUUAUUCAAAUGUAAAACUGCAGAGUAUUAUUGUUUUAAAGUCUACUAAACCAUGAAAUAAAAGAAAGUGCAAUA